AUGGUCUCACCACCAGCAUAUCACCAAGAUUCAUUUGUCGAUCAUGAAUUAUCCAAGAAUUUAGAUUCAACGUAUGCAUUUGAAGGUCCUGAAAAGUUGUUGGAACUUUGGUUUUGGAAAUCUGAAAAUGACAUACCUGCAUGUUCACCAAGAGAUGGGUUAAGAUCCAUCAAGAUGGACGCGUGGGCCAAGAUGUUGGAUUUGGUUAAUUGCAAGAUUUUGUCAAUGAAAUCAUCACCAUUUAUGGAUGCCUACUUGUUGAGUGAGUCAUCAUUAUUUGUGUUUCCACAUAAAUUGAUCCUCAAGACUUGUGGAACUACUACAACAUUGGCCUGUUUGGAUGAGCUUUUCCAAAUGACUAGGCAAAUAUGUCAAUUGACUAGCAAGGAGAUAUACCGUGUUUUCUACUCAAGAAGAUCAUUUAUGUUUCCCGAAAAGCAGAUCCAUGUGCACAAGGAUUGGAAACACGAAGUGUCAUUGUUGAAUCAACAUUUUAUGUUGGGAAAAUCGUACGUUGUUGGUAAUUUUGCCAGUGACGAUCAUUGGUUUCUCUACGUUGGUGGCAAAGAAGAUGAUGAUUGUAGAGAGGGAGCACGUGCAAAAGCGCCUUUUUUGGAAACUUUUGGUAACAAGCCCCUCGAUCAAACAUUUGAGAUCUUGAUGACUGAAUUGGACCCCGAAUGUGCUUCCAAAUUUAUCUAUUCCAGACAACCUGGCGAAGAUGUUGGAGAGGAUCACGACUUGGGACACGAAUUGGGUAGGGAAACCAUGAUUGAGACAGAGUUGGAUUCGGUUUUCCAACCAGAGAAAAGGGUUGGUGGUGUUGGUAAUGGCAGUACCCAUCUCCCUUCUCCUUCGUUAUCUGACAUCUCUGAGGAUGAAGAUUGCGAAGGUCAUCAUGUUGAAGGCCAUGGUGAACUCAUCAAGGAGAAAGAUGCUAACAUAUCUGUUGUUGUUCCCGGUAUGAACACUGGUGUUACUGCUACUGCUACUGCAACCACUAGUGUUUCAUCAGAGUUUGAGUUUUUACACGAUGCGUUUGCAUUUACUCCAUGUGGAUUUUCCUCAAACUCUAUUUGCUCCAACAUCGGAGGAGGCUACUAUUAUACUCUUCACAUUACUCCGGAGUCAGGGUGGAGUUAUGCCUCGUUUGAAACCAACUAUCCGUUUCAGCAAAAUGGUUCUGUUGAUGUGCUCACUGUGUUGACAAAGGUAUUGAAGAUUUUCAGACCUAGAAAGUUUUCAUUGACUUUAAUCAAUGAGAUUUGCGAUGAACAUCAAUCCAGUAGCCAAGCAUUGACCAAUUCUGAUGUGGUGUUGAAAGAGUUUGGUUAUAAAAAGAGUGAAAAAGCAGUGUACGACUUGAAGAACGAGUACAAUUUGCUUUACUUGAAUUUUGUAAAAGCUUAA